AGGACACUUUAGGGACUGACAGGUUUGCCUCUGGGAGCUGACAAGUGGCCUCACUGUACUUUGGCUUCUCCAGCUCCUAGUAACUGCAGUACCUGUGCUGAUUUUCCUGACAUGCUGUGCAUCCACACUGCUGCUAGCUGUGUGUGUUCUGUUCUUUAUCUGCUGGAGACUGUAUUUUUCAUUUUCUGAAGGAGCCCUUUUUUCAGGUGCAAGGGAAGAUCAGUGAGCUUGGUACUGCAGGCCUUGCAUGUGCAUGCACAUACACAGGUGUGUUUAUUUCACAGAUCCCCAAAUAACAGCCGAGGAUGCUCUGCGGAUGGCUGUUCCUGUGUCCUGCGUACUGAUCAUGGCAAUGUCUGUCAUCUGUUACUUCUGGUUUACCAAAAUGAAGAAAGAAUGGUGGGAUCAAAUCCCAAAUCCAGCAAAGAGCCAUCUGGUUGUUAAAAAUGUCAAGUUUUCAGUUUUGUGCUACAUUGAUGAAAUUAAAUUCCCUUUCCAUGACUUAAAGCAGAGUCACAUGGAAAACAAAAUGUAAGUAAGAUA